AGGACUGAACUGAUGAUGUUGACUUCUUCGAUCAAGACUCUGUCAAUGGACUUGGAUAUGCUGCGGAUUGAAGACCCGCCUCCGGGUGCGUAGAUGAGUAUGGUGCUACCUGACUUGGACAGAUUGCGGCUUGUACAAGACCCACCUGCUGGCGCGGAGAUUAGUAUGGUGCUCCCAGGUUUGGACAGAUUGCGGCUUGUCGAACACUCAGGCGCAGGUGGAGAGGAUGUUUUUGCAAGGCUGCAGAAAAAAGUGUCGGAUGACCCACCCCCGGGCGCAGAUUAUACUCUUGCAAGGUAUAGGUUGUGUAAAGAGUUGAAGAGGCUGCUACAAGACCCACCUGCAGGGAUCGGUGUGGUUCCCCCGGACUUCUACAAUUGCGAUAUAAUGUUGUGGAAUGUUGUUAUAGCUCCUCAUUCCUUGGAUUCUCCUUGGGAGGGAGGCGCAUGCACAUUUAAGUUGACUCUUCAGUUCAGUGAGGAUUAUCCGCUCAAACCAUCAAUGGUGCGAUUUGUUUCUCAAAUGUUUCAUCCAAACAUUUCUGCAGAUGGAAUUAUGUCUUUUAAUAAUGGGUUUUUAUCAUAG